UUUUUUAAAUAUACUUAUCGCCAGACGUUGUCGGUAAAAGGAACAACAACUCCAUUUGAAAAAUAGCCGAGAAUUAAAAGGUGAAAGAGGCGAGGAAGAGUGGCGUUACAGUCUAGCUACAUUGGCAACGGAUGUCCCAGAGAACGGAUGCGUGAGGACAUGUCCACCAUGGUGUGCGUGAAGGAGGAGGAGGACCCUGGGGAGAAGCUGUCCCAGGAUGAGAUCAUCUCCAGGACCAAGCAGGUGAUUCAGGGGCUGGAGGCCCUGAAGCAGGAGCACCACUCCAUCCUGGAGGGCCUGCUGGGCACGCUGCGCUGCCUGAAACAGGACGAGGAGGGCGUCCUUGUCGAAGAGAAGUCCCACAUGAUCCGCAAGUCCCUGGAGAUGCUGGAACUCGGGCUGAGCGAGGCACAGGUGAUGAUGGCGCUGUCGAGCCACCUGAGCUCGGUGGAGUCGGAGAAGCAGAAGCUGCGAGCUCAGGUACGCCGGCUCUGCCAGGAGAACCAGUGGCUGAGGGACGAGCUGGCUGGGACGCAGCAGAAACUGCAGAAGAGCGAGCAGAGCGUGGCCCAGCUGGAGGAGGAGAAGAAGCACCUGGAGUUCAUGAACCAGCUGAAGAAGUACGACGAGGACCUGUCCCCAUCUGAGGAGAAGGACUCCGACUCCAGUAAAGAGACUCUGGACGAUCUCUUCCCGGAUGACCAGGAUGACCAAGCCCCUGGCAUCCAGCCGGCCCAUGGCAGCGCUGCAGCAGCGGCUGCCCAGCAGGGAGGUUAUGAGAUCCCGGCCCGUCUGAGGACCCUCCACAACCUGGUGAUCCAGUAUGCCUCCCAGGGCCGGUAUGAGGUGGCUGUGCCUCUCUGCAAACAGGCCCUGGAGGACCUGGAGAAGACCUCUGGACACGACCACCCAGAUGUGGCCACCAUGCUCAAUAUCCUAGCCCUUGUUUACAGGGAUCAGAACAAAUACAAGGAGGCAGCCAACCUGCUGAAUGAUGCUCUGGCCAUUAGGGAGAAGACUCUUGGCAGGGACCAUCCAGCUGUUGCCGCCACCCUCAAUAACCUGGCUGUCCUGUAUGGGAAGAGAGGGAAGUACAAGGAAGCAGAGCCUCUGUGCAAGAGAGCGCUGGAGAUCAGGGAAAAGGUGCUGGGGAAGGACCACCCGGAUGUGGCCAAGCAGCUGAACAACCUGGCCCUGCUGUGUCAGAACCAGGGCAAGUAUGAGGAGGUGGAGUACUACUACAUGAGAGCGCUGGAGAUCUACCAGACCAAACUGGGCCCCGAUGACCCCAACGUGGCCAAGACCAAGAAUAACCUGGCAUCCUGUUAUCUGAAGCAGGGCAAGUUCAAGCAGGCUGAGACUCUUUAUAAAGAAAUCCUCACUCGCGCUCACGAGAGGGAGUUUGGCUCUGUUGACGAUGAGAACAAACCAAUCUGGAUGCAUGCUGAGGAGAGAGAGGAACAAAGCAAGGGGAAGCAGAAGGACGGCUCACCAUUUGGAGAAUAUGGAGGCUGGUACAAAGCCUGUAAGGUCGACAGCCCUACAGUGACCACAACCCUGAAGAACCUGGGCGCCCUCUACAGGCGGCAGGGCAAGUUCGAGGCGGCAGAGACUCUGGAGGAGGCUGCCAUGCGUUCCAGAAAGCAGGGUCUGGACAAUGUGCACAAGCAGCGCGUGGCUGAGGUCCUGAGCGAGCCGGAGGCCCGCGAGAAGCAGCGAAGCCGCGAGAGUUUGACCUCUGACACGGUGAAGUACGAGAGCGGGCCGGACGGUGGCGAGGAAGUGAGUAUGAGCGUGGAGUGGAACGGGGCAUAACUCCAGAUGCCUUGUAAUGGUUCUAAAAACUUGUCUUCUGCAUGACGGACGCAUCGCCUCACUUCACCUCGCCUCAGCCCCUUCAGCUUUGCGGUUUCCUUCAGCUCUUGACCCCCCCCUUCUCUUUUCUCCUCCACCACCACUGUGUUCUGGUGGGAACCUCCGUGCCGGGGUGAAGAGCGAUAGUGUUGCUUUUACGCCCUCCUCUCUGCUGUGUUUGGGAACGAGGAGUGGGUUUGGGGGGAAAUGUGGAGACAGCCUGUGUGUCUAAAUCACAAUUACUGCUUCUUACUUGUCUUGAAGGUCUGUACUCGACUGUGUGUAUCAGCUGCGGGUGGGAGAGGACCAGGGUGAUGUUUCUUUAUGGCAACAUUAAACUUACCUUGUUAUUUCUUGCUGUCCUUUAACAGUAGCCUCUGCUUCUCUACUUCCUCUCUCUCUGUCGCUCUCCAGUAUCUUUAAACUGUAUUUAAUUUUGGCCGUAGACUCAUUGAAAAGGUUGUUGAGGAAAUUGUGUGGGGGAGAUUGACAAUGUGCCCUUAAACCAAAUAUCUGCUUUCCCACCUUGUUCUCCAAACUGUCCUUUAACUCUCUCCACUUUGACCUGUACUCUGAAUUUGGGACUUUACGAAUCCUAAGUCAGAACGCUCCCCAGUCAUAACAAAUCUGGCCACAGUUACGUUGCACUAAAGUUAUUUGCUGUCAUAGAGCUCAGUUCUGUGAAAAUGGUCUAAAAAGGUCUGUUGAUGCUCCAAAAAAAUCAAUACCAAAAGCACCAUAAAUGUAACAUCAAUAGUUUGCUCAGUAAGGAAACACUUGAAGAGAAAAAUGUAAAGAAAAGACUUUAUGUCAGGCCUUUUAGCAGUCUUUUUUUAAUCUUGCUUGGUUGUUGCUUCAGCAUUACAUUGUGUCCCACUUUCCCAGCUGCAGCUGCUGGAGAAAUGUGAAAUAUAAUCAGUCAAUUCAUUAAUUAGUCAAUCGACAGAAAAUUAAUCACCAACUAUUUUUAUAAUCCAUGAAUUGUAUCAGUUAGUUUUCAAACCAAAAUGCCAAAAUCCACUUUGCUCAGUUUCUCAAAUGUGAAGAUUUGAGGCUUUUCUUUGUCAAAAAUGAUGGGAAACUGAAUAACUUUGAAUUCAGAUGUUCAGAUAAAACAGGCAAUUUGAAUAUGUCAACUUGGGCUUUGGUAGAUUAUAAUUGGCAUUUGUCACUGUAUUCUGGCAUUUUAUAGACAAAACAAAAGAUUGAUUAAUCCAGAAAAUGACUGGCUGGAUAAUCAGUUGUGAAAAUAGUUGCAGCUCUAGUACCAUGGAUUAAGAUAAAGUUCAUAAUAUCGAAAUGAUGGGCCUACUACAAUGUAAACAAUCAUUGUAAGUUUUGUCAGUGCUAGUGGGGUACAUUUAAAGACCAGACCCAAACACCAACAUGUUAAUAAGAUCAAUACUUUAUAAGAUUUGGUCAGAACUGAUCUGUAUGAUUAAAAGAAAUCAGGGAAAACUGAUAUAAAACAGAAAAGAGAAAUAAAUAUCUGUACAGAGACUGCCCACACAUAGAAAAUAUAAAAUUAUGUUAUAAACAGCUGUUGUGUCAAAAAUAUGGCAAAACAAAGGCGAAAUUUUGACCCUACUGGAUCCUCUUCAAGCACAAAACUGAUUACGUCCUGUUGAUAUUCUGGUCAACCGAUCAAACAAAAACUACACAACACUUACAAUACGACCACUGUCAGAUACAUUCCAGGUGUGUCCCCAGGUGUGAAAUGGUCAGAGUUGAAGCUUUGAAGGCUCCCUCCUUUACCCUCCUUCCCUCUCCGUCUUUCUCUCUCUCUCGAGGGAGGUUAGAAGCUUUUCAUCUGUGCUCCAUGGUCCAUGUAGUUGAAUUCAACAUUAACAUCUAAAACCAUUAGUGGUGACUCAAAACAUCCUCAGCUUGUAGUGACUUAACAUGCUGUAAAUAACAUCAGCGUAACUCGUCAGCAUGAUCGAGAGCACCGUUGAUUGUGGCUCUGUAGGUUUCUGCUCCCAUUAGAGUUUAGUCAUUAGUGUGUCACUCUGUGCUCUGUGUCAUCGCAAUGAUAUCAGACUAAAAAGUACAGUAUGUAUGUGGUGUCAACAAGAGGGCACAUAUAAGGUAACAGGAUUCAUGCAGUCUGUAACAGAAUAGUGGAUGUUUGAUAAGGUUUGAUUCAAAGCUGAAAGUUUUCCACUAAAUGUGGGAGUGUGGAGGGAAAGAAGUGACUAAACACCGUGCAUCCAGCCUGUUUACCUUGUGUAUA